UUCAUCAUCUUCACAUAUUCCUCAGCUCCUUCCUAUAUAUACCCUUACACUCCUUCUUCCACUCUCAUCAUCCUUCCAAAACAUUUCAGAACACUAAAACUUCAUAAAAAUGGCGACUGAAGCUCAACUGACCUCUGCCUUAGAGCUUAUCGAGCAACAUUUACUCGGCGAUCUUCUUUCACCUGUCAGUAGCUCAUGUUCUUCUUCUACUUCAAGCACCGACUCCUCUAUCUCAAUCUCUGAUUAUUUUAACCCUAACGAUACUGAUGAUGAUUUCCUCCAAUUUGAAGCUAAACCUCAAUUCAUUGAUCUUACUACUCCUAAGAGUUUUGAAUUCGAUUCUAAUUCUCUUUUCGAAUUCGAAUCAAAACCUCAAAUACCUCAGAGUUUCGGAAUUACUCAAUCAAAUAAUAAAGAUUUCUUUGAUUUCGAUUCAAAGCCUCAAAUUCAAGUAAACCGAAAGCCAUCUUUGAAGAUCUCGCUGCCUAACAAAACUGAAUGGAUUCAAUUCGCUAAAUCGAAUCAGGAACCGGUGCAAAGCAACUCGGUUGAAGAAAAAAGGCAUUACAGAGGAGUCCGACAGAGGCCGUGGGGCAAAUAUGCCGCGGAGAUCCGAGAUCCGAACCGGAAAGGAACUCGGGUUUGGCUCGGGACUUUUGACACCGCUAUUGAAGCCGCCAAAGCCUAUGAUCGCGCCGCGUUUAAGCUGCGCGGCUCCAAAGCUAUACUUAACUUUCCUCUGGAAGCUGGGAAGUUAAAUACAAACGCCGAUGAAGGGAACCAACGGAAACGAACAAGAGAAAGUGAGAUUGUAGAGGUAGAAGCGAAGAAGGUAGUGAAGAGAGAAGAAACUGAGAGGGAUGUCGCGUUGACGCCGUCGAGCUGGACGACGAGUUGGGACAGUGGUAAUCUGAAAGGAGUUUUCAGUUUAUCUCCGUCAUCUCCGUUAUCUCCCCAUCCGGCGUUAGGAUAUGCUCAGCUCGCGGUCAUAUGAGUAGUAGCUUUUUUUUUUUUUUAAAUUUCCUAAUUAUAGUGAGCUACUUUUUUAGGUAAAAUAAAAAAAAGGAAGUUUUAUGUAUAUAAAGAUGGUAAAUGAGCUAUUUUCAGUAAACAUGCAAAUGGCGAUUAUGGUGAAUGAUUA